AGAGACUUGUACCAUUGAGAAAGUAGAUACUCAUCUUUUUACCCUACAUCAUCUAGUUGGACUCUCUUCCCCAUCUCCUCCUCCUCUUGUAUAUCUAAAAUUCUAGGGCGAAACUGAGAACCACGAUAUAUAGUCUCUAAUCAUUCUUAGGGUUCUGAGAGAGUGCUCAGCUUCUAGGGUUCCGAAGUAUUCGCAUCAAUGGGUGUAUUUCCAAGUUUUUUGUUCGCAACUUUAAUAUAGUAACAAAAGAGUACGUAGAGUACAAAGGGGCUAACAUUAAGCGACAAGAAUUUCUACCCCGCGUCAUGUUGGCAAGACAUGAUGGGAAGGAUAAUGUGCUGAAUGGCGUCAUGCUCAUUGACUCUGCUCUAAUGUCAAUGACUCUGAGAGAGAUGUAUCAAGGAGUUUUAAGAAAAAUUCCUGGGGUUGUUUCCAGCCCAUUCAGAGUCCCGUAUUUCGAUGUUUCUAUUGAGCAGAAAUCUUGUGCACAUCUUGCGUCAUUUGGGGAAAUGCGUAUUCUAUUUUGCAAGACUAUAUUUUUUGAUUUGCACUUCGGAUUGACAAAUGGAUCUAGAUGGUUCUCUACAUAUGAUGCUGAUGUAGAAAUCGUAGAAAUGUUGAAAAUGAGGUUUAUUGAAGAUGGGCACAAGAAGGCACUUUUUAAAAAUGGUUGUCUGUUGCCAAAAUGGAUGUCGACUGAAAAUCUUCAGCUUCCUCGGCAAACAAAAUUUCUAACCGAAAUUGACUAUAUGAAUUGUGUCGGGAGGCUUUCAAAUACCGAUCAGUGGCAUUCUUUUGUUCACUUUUUACGAAAAGAUCUCAUAUAUGUGGUGGAGGGAAAUGAUGAGAGUUUUUUGAAGCAUGCUAUGAAUAGAUUUUUGUGGCAUAAUCCCUGUAAUUUUUACCCUGUGGCAAAUGUGGAUGCAUCAGUAGAUGAAUAUGGCAAUGCAAGUGUUGCUGUUGUCAUUAGGAGUCCUAAUGGUGUGAUAGAGAACACCUUUUUCAUGUCACUGGAGGGGAAAAUGUCUAGCCGUUCUGCGGAAGUAAAAAGCGGCGAACUGGCUAUUUUAGUGGCUUUCGAGUUGGGGUAUGAUUCUCUUGAGAUAAGAAGCGACUCGGGAGAUUACGUCAAUGGUAUGCGUGGCAAAUUUAAAACCGAGGAGGAUGACCUGGAAUUCAUUAACUGCCGUGUGCAGAGGAAAUUGGGUAAAGAAAAGUUUGGUAUUAAUCUUAAAGUCGUGUUCGUUUUGAGGGAGGUGAAUGCUGUUGUGGCUUCCGAGUUGGGGUAUGAUUCUCUUGAGAUAAGAAGCGACUCGGGAGAUUACGUCAAUGGUAUGCGUGGCAAAUUUAAAACCGAGGAGGAUGACCUGGAAUUCAUUAACUGCCGUGUGCAGAGGAAAUUGGGUAAAGAAAAGUUUGGUAUUAAUCUUAAAGUCGUGUUCGUUUUGAGGGAGGUGAAUGCUGUUGCAGAUUUCUUGUCCAGAAUUUCACAAAUUCGCGCAAGUAUGGUCCCAGGGCGGUUAAGGCGGUUGAGACAAAAUAGAGUAUGCUACAAUUUGCUGCUCAUUUCCUGCUCCCUCCUCCAAAAUUUAGCUGUUUCAUCUUCCAAAAUUUAGCUGUCUUAUUUCCUGCGGAUCAUUUUCGUCUUUUUCAAGAUCGAAAAGCUAUUCUACAGAAUUUUUUCAGAAAGCAGCGGCGACUAACUGAUUUUUUGAAGAGGAGGAAGGAUGAGACAGCUAAAUUUUGGAUGAGAGAGCAGGAAAUGAGACAGUUAAAUUUUGGAUGAUGAAACAGCUAAAUUUUGGAGGGGGAGCAGGAAAUGAGUAGCAAAUUGUAGCAUACUCUUAUUUUGUCAACCUGCUCCCUCGUCCAAAAUUUAGCUGUCUCAUCCUUCCUCUUCUUCAAAAAAUCAAUUAGUCGCUGCUGUUUUCUGAAAAAAUUCUGUGGAGUAGCUUUUCGAUCUUGAGAAAGACGAAAAUGAUCCGCAGGAAAUGAGACAGUUAAAUUUUGGAGGAUGAAACAGCUAAAUUUUGGAGGAGGGAGCAGGAAAUGAGCAGCAAAUUGUAGCAUACUUUAUUUUGUCAAAACUCUCUUUUUAUUAAAAGCUUUAUUGGGAUCUUAUAUAAUAUUGGCCUACAAGUGUCGGGGUUUUUCUAUAAAUAUCGUGAAGCAUUAAUCUAUUUGUUUUUCUAUAAAUAUCGUGUAGCAUUAUAUAAUAUUGGACUACAUGUGUCUUGGGGUUUUUCUAUAAAUAUCGUGAAGCAUUAAUCUAUUUAUUUUUCUAUAA